AUGACCCUUACUGAUUUCCUCAAGAGUGGUCCACCCCGGUUUAACGAAAAUGCCAAUGCGUUAGAGGCUAAUCAGUGGUUUCGAUAUGUGGAGAGAUUUUUAUACACUCAACACAUACUGGAAGUACAGUUAGUGGAAAUAGUGACUUACAUGUUGGAGGAAGAUGCUCAGGAAUGGUGGCAGGAGUUAUAUCACACCCUACAGAUGGAGUUAACAGAUAUCCCUUGGAGUAAAUUCAAGAAAAAAUUUUACGGAAAAUAUUUCUUACAUGGGAUUCGCAUUGCAAAAGAAUUGGAGUUAAUGCAACUGAAGCAAGAAAAUAUGUCUGUUGCUGACUAUACCCGUGAAUUUGACAACUUGUGUCAUCUCUCAAGAGUUUGUCAAGGAAACCCAGCCGACUAUGAGGCGUGGAAGUGUGUUCAGUAUGAGAAAGGGCUUAGAAGAGACAUCUUCAACUGCGUGUGCUCGAAAGGUUAA